GAAAACAGCAAAUUUCAACCUUCUUUAAGUUUGUCUCUUAAACUCACCUUUUUUUGUUUUCCUUCCUACUGAAACCUUGUACAAUUUUUGUUCAUUUUUUAUUCUCCUAGUGUUGAACUUUUCUUUGCCACCUGUCUGUCUUAAUUCAGUAAUAGUUAUAAAAAAUGUCGUGGACGGUGAAGACGUGUUUCGUGACGCUGAUCAUCCUGUUUCUUUGGAGGGACGGAGAGGUGGCUGAAGCCUGCACCUGCGUAUUGAAACAUCCCCAGCAACACUUUUGUGACGCAGACGUGGUUAUCAGGGCGACUGUGGGUAAGCAUGAGGAGGUUCAUGACGAAAAUGGCCCAUUCGGAAUCAAUCUGAAGAAGUACAAGAUUACGCAGAUUCAGCUGUACAAAGCUCCUAACCUGGCCCAGGAAUUCAAAGCCUUCUACACUGCGGACUCUUCUGCUGUGUGUGGAGCGUCUCCAGCUGAAGGCGAUUAUGUCAUUGCAGGCAACCUGAAUUCAAACGGGAGUCUGCAUGUCUCACUUUGUAGCUUCAUGGUGCUCUGGGACAGCAUUACUGUUGUCCAAAAACAAGGCCUGUGUGGGCAGUAUGCAAAGAACUGCAACUGCACGAUCACUCGGUGCCAUUCCACCCCAUGUGGGAUCAGCCACAACAUGGAGUGCCUGUGGACGGACGACUUGAUUCAGAACCAUAACGGCGGAAAAUGGUCACAGGAAAAAUAUUCUAUUUGCAUCAAGAGGCCUGACAACUCCUGCAGCUGGCAGAGCAGGAGAAAACCACACAGCUCCAAAAAUAAAGAGUCUUAAACAUCUGUGUUUAAAUAUACUAGUAGAAAUUCAAAUCCAACAAUCAGACUCUAAAAUUGAGUUUUAUUUUUAAUUAUUUUUUUUAUUUUUUUUGGGUGUGUACUCCAUGGUGAGACUGUUGCAACAAACAAAAUGAAAAUCUUUUGAAUUGUAGUGCCCUCACCCCCCCAAAAGCAAAAUUUGCUUUCAAACAUUGCAUUUUUUUUCCUUCAAAACCCCAAAAUCCCAAGCACUUUCUCAUAAACCACGUCUUUAACUGACACUGUGAAUUUUCACAGUUCAGUGCUACCCUUCAAUUACUUUAUUCAGAUAUUAUUGAUAUGGAUCCACAACACUUUCAUUACCUGCGUGUGCAACAGAAUGUACUGGUUCUGUAUUAUUAUUUAUGUAUGUAUUUGUGGUGUGUUAAACAUUCGAGUGCAAGAGCCACAUCAUGAUGUAAACAGUCAGUACUUCUUGUUUUAGUUAAUCUUUUAAAAUUCUUGAACAGCCAAGGAUGCAGUUUGAACACAAAUAUCACAGCAAUAACUUCUGCUACGAUGAAAACUUUCUUUUAAAAAAGGGGUUUGAAUCUUCUCAUGUUUUAUUUCUCUUUAAUGAUUCAUAUCUUUCUGCUUGAUGAUAACAGCAUGUUUAAUUGAAACAGGUAAUUCAUUGCAUUCUAUUGAAGAAAAGCUAUUUUUGCAGAAUGGGAUAUUAGUAAAUUUUGCUACAAUACUUAAAUCAUUGCAACAAAAUACAGAUGUUUAUGUGAACUAAAUAUCAAAUAAAUUAAAGCGUGUGUGUGUCAAGGAAA